AUGUGCUCGUCUUCACCUCCGUCCACCAGUCUGGUCGCAUGCCGUGCAGCACCGCAGCGCACCGGAUUGAUUUGGAAGCCCCUGCUGGGGGGGGUCGGCCGUCCGAAUCAGGAAAUUGAGGCCAACACGGACAACAAAGCGACCACAUGCACGCGAUGGCCUUUGUUCACACACCUCUCCCGUCCCGCCCAGCGCAUCUCUGCCCAGCGGCUCGAGCAAAACAAACUCGCUGCACCCCUGCUCGCCGGCCGCCGUCUGAUUGGCCCGCCGUUAGCGCUUGCGUUAAGCAGCCCCCAGCAGCGUCCCGAGCUUCUGGCUGCCCACCUCGUCGCGCACCGCACCGCAUCAGAGCCUCUGCACGCUGCCGCGCCCACGCAGACACGCGCCAGAAUCGCAUCGCAGCAUUAG